AUGUCAAAUAGUAAGGAGUUAAGUCAUCUCAAAUCAACUCUGAUGUCGACUCCUUCACCUGUUGUGUAUAAUUGUCUGCCUUCAUGUUAUCCGUCUGUAUCUUCAACUAAUCAGAAUAAAACUAUUUCAGGAAGAACAGGCUACAACAAAACUAUUGACAAUCAUAAUCCUCCUUAUUUUAUUGUUAGUUCUGAUAAUCAGUUACAUGAAAGUUGUGAAAAGCUACAAAAGCCGAGAAGUACUCAAAUAAAGGCAAAAGAAGUGAUAAAGUCAGUAUAUCAGUCUAAACCACCUGUCAAGUCAAUUGUAAAGACACAUGAAAUGUUGAAAAAAGGCGAUAUAAAUUCUAAUCAAUUUAAACAAAAAUCGAAUCUAUCAAUUAAAUCAACGCAACAAACAACAACGAAAACAGCAGCAACAACAAGAACUGCAAAGAAAUCAUGCCAUUUACAAGAUUUAUGUCUUGAAGAUCGUCGUAAAUUGAAUAAAUUAAUUAUGAAGCUUGCUGAAGCCCAAGAAGCGUUAAAAAUAAUGGAUUGUAAACUUCAAAAUCAAUCUAUGAAUAAUAAUGAUAACGGUAGUAAUAAUAUCUUAGAAUUGAAGCGUCCAACAGACGGUGAUCAAAUCCAGUAUACCCAUCCUACACUUGAAGAAGGUACAGUAUACUCUUCAAAAGCAGAAGAGUUGAUCAUCACCUAUAAGACCAGAUUAGAACAGUUAGAAAGUGAAUUAUCCCAGUUACGUCACCAUCAUUUCCGAGAAGAAGAAAAAGAAGACCAUUGUCCAUCAUAUGUUGAAAACGAUUCAUCUGUAAAAAAAUAUCCUAUUGAAUUACAUCCAACUGUGAUCAACAAUGAUAAAGAUGUCAAUCAACGUAGAAUACAGUCAUCUGAUCGUCGUCAUCGUCAUCAUCAUCAGAAGUUAUUGUCUUUUACCAGUUUGAAGCCAGUUUCUUAUCAUAAUAAUCAUGACAAUCAUGAUGAUGGUAACUGUCAGAAGUCUAAUAAUCAUAAAACUAUAAAUCAACCUGUUAGUAAUUCUGUUGAUUUAAAAAGUUCCAAUGCUCUUCAAAAAGUUGAGAAUAAAAAUGAAGUGAUGGCAGAUAUCGCUAAUGAAAGUGGAACAAAUAACUUUACGGAUAAUACAAACAGGAAUCAAGAUCAUUCAAUACUGAUAAUGAAUAGACAGCUUAAACAAGAGCCGACAAUACAAGAGUUUCCAGUAUGGGAAUUAUCUGAUCCUGUUAACAGCUCUAGUGGAAAAGUGGAAUCUGACAAUAAGACUCCUGUUCCUGCAUCAUUAAAUAAAUUAGUUAGCCAGAAGAAGACGAAGAGGAAAGAAGUUUCAAUAAUGACACAGAUUGGUGAUGAUUUAACGUCGACUGAGAAUUGCGCCGUUAGUGAAGCCUCUGCUUCAACUGAUAAAUGUACACAAACAAUAAAUGCAAUGCCCAAAAUAACUCCUCAAUCGUAUGACAAGUAUACAGAAUGUUCAGAACAGAUGGAUUUACUUUCGCGCACACAACCUCUUCAGGUGAAUCAAUCAAAGGAGAUUCAAUGCGCCACAGAAAACAGUGAUGAAAUUAAACCGCUGAUAGAUUCAUGUGUACAAACCAGCUGUGUUGCUAAUGUUCAUUUCAUGAUCAAAGGUAGUAAUAAAAGGAUAAAUAAAAGUUCAAGACAGGUGUAUAGAAAAAGUAGUCAAUGGAAUCGAACAAAAAUAUCUACGGAAAAGAAGAAUAGAUCUUCUUCAUCCUCCAUCUCUGAGUCUUCUUCCUACUCAUCUCCUUCGUCAUCAACGUCAUCAUCGCUGUCGGCUGGUUUUGAUGUCAAUAACAGAAGUGAUAAUAAUAAUAAUGCGAAAUUAACUGCAAAGAACAGUCAUCAGAGAAAAAUGAACCAAAAUAGGGAGCGAUCAAAACAACACAUUCAUCAAUCACUGGAUACUUCAAACCGUGUCUCAGACGACAAUAAUCAGAAAUUACCUGUUCACAGUGAUAUCAAAUUAUCAUUGCAAAACCAGUCUACCUCAUUUGUGAAUAAUCCUUAUAAUCAAGUGAAAAAGACGGGAAUACCUUCAACAUACAAAAACAACACCAACUACAGCACUGCAUUAGACAGAAAUCAACAGACAACGACAUCCAAUUCUAAUCAUCAUGUAGAUGAAAUUGAUCAUAAAGAAUUAGAAUCAAUCAUUUGUUUAAUUAACGAUCGUGAUCGCCAUUUAUCGGAUCAUUAUAAUACGAGUGAAAACUUGAAAAAUCAUCAAUAUUAUAGAGAAAUAUUAUUGAGUUCAAAUUGUACACCACAACUCCAACGACAGAAACAAGAAGAGAUUCACAAUAUACAACAACAACUGCUGUACUCUCCACCUAGACACCUCAGUGAAUACAAGCAGUGUAAUGUGUUAAGCGUUGGAGACGAUGAAGAGGAACAAUUACUAUUACAUGACUUAUUCUUUAUAUGUAAUUAG